CGAGUCCUAAAAGUCGAAAUUUACCCACCUCAUGUACUUAUUUGAGACAACAAACUGUUUUAUAUAAGCUUCUUGCAACAAACUUUAUAAACAACACUAUAAUGAGUGUCUUAACAGGCUUAUCAAUAUUAUUUAUGUGUAUUGCUUGGAAUUUUAAAAUGUAUUCAGUUAAAUGUGGUCUGUGACUUAUAGCUGUUUAGUAAAUUUCGUUAAGUGUAAUCAAUCAUGGCAAACCAAGGAGAUAUUGACUAUGAUAAUAUUAUUGAGACUCUUAUGAAUACAUUUGGAAAUGUUUUAAGUAGAGAUUGUAUCUUUGCUAUUGUUGAGAGCUGUGAAGGAGAUCUUGAAGAAUCUGCAAAUGCUAUAAUAAAUAUGAUGGACCAGAAUUUGUCACCGACUGACAUCCAUCCAUCAGAAAACCAAUUGUCUGAAAGCCCACCAUCAGAAAGCACAAAUAAUAAUUAUCAUGAAAAUGUUACUGUUAAUCACGUCAACACAAAUCAGCAAAAUUUAUCCACUUAUAAUGUUCUUAAAGAGUUUCAACCAAACAUUCCCAGUACGAGUUCUUUAGUUGGCGUUCCUAAUACUUCAAACCAUAUUAAAUCCUAUGCUGGUGCAUCAAAGAAAGUUAUUCAGCCUACACAAAAUAAUUUGAAUGUGUGGACAAAUGAUAAAAGAUCAUCAAAUAUAGUACAAUAUGUUUGGACUGAUCAGAUAAAAAAAAUUGUGUCAUAUCACCAGAAUGGUUUUAGAGUUUUAGUCCUUAUGAGAGGAUUAUCUGGAAGUGGAAAAUCAUAUCUUGCUAGAAAAAUUAUUGAUGCUAUGUAUUCAAAACAAAGUGAAAAAAACUAUACUACGCAUAUCUUUAGUACUGAUGAUUUUUUUAUGCGCAAUAAUCGUUAUGAGUUUGACAAAACUAGACUUUCCGAGUACCAUGAACAAAAUUUUACAAAUGCCAGGCGUGGUAUGAUAAAGGGAGUGAGUCCUGUUAUUAUUGAUAAUACCAAUGUGGAACUUUGGGAAAUGAAACCUUAUAUAAAUGAAGGGGUUAAAAAUGGUUAUAUUAUUGAAGUUGUAGAACCCAGUACACCAUGGGCCAAAAAUCCAAAGCAUCUUUUUAAUAAAACUACGCAUUAUGUUCCAUUACAGUCUAUUAUACGAAAGCUUGAAAUUUACCAAAAUGGUGUUACUGGCGACUACUUGAUCAGUUAUUUUGGAUACCAUUAUCCACCUAAUAUGAAACCUCCUGUAUUAAGAUUUAUUCCUCCAUUUGAAAAAGUAGUGCCUGAUACAACUAUGUCUGUAACAAGUGCAAGUGAAGAUACCACAACAAGUGUUGAAAUUAUUCAAGCAAAUAAUUUAACAACAAAUGAGAUCCCUCAAAGUUUAUGUAAUUCUAAUGUUGCUAGUGAUAAUUCAUCUUGUCAGUUAUCACAAGAAAUAGAACAAGGAAGUAUUGAUAAGCCAGAUUAUCAAAAUAACGAUACAGAUGAUAAUGCUACGAUCAAAGAUAUGAGAUUCACUGAAAUAAAAAAUGCCUUAGAGGAAAUGGAGAAAAUAGAAGAGGAGUGGGACAAUGGCGAUGAUUGGGAUAAUGAUACAAGAAAUACAGAAUAUAAUAAUAAAACUGUUGAUUUUGUUGAGUCAAAGCCUCAAAGAAAAGAAUUGCCAAGAUCAUCAUUGGCACAAAAACAAAUAUCACCAGCUAAAAACAGUGAAGAUUGGACUAAAAAUUCGAUGUUUUGGUCGUCUUGGAGCGAAUGUAGUCAAUCAAUGGUAGAGAUCAAACCCGAAGUAGAGAAAAAAUCAAGUGCCACAUGUAUCGAAAUGGGUGAUACGGAAAUAUCUGAUAUUAAAAAUCCUCUUAAAAUCAUUACAGCUACUUCCAGAGAUAUUAAUGAAUUUUGUGUCGAAAUAAAAAACAAUAAAAUGCCGGAAAAAUGGAUGCUCGACAAAAGCACUUCUACUAGUAAUAAUCAAUUUCUAACUGCUACACAGAGGUGUGAAAACGAAGAACAUCAUUUUAAUUCAUUUCGAAAACUGUUUAAAAAUAUACCGAGGGCUGAUUUAAGAGACAUUUUCGAUAAAUGUCGCGGUGAUGUAAAUUGGGCAGUAGAAAUAGUUCUCGAUGGGAUGGUCGAUAACCAACAGCCACUUUCUAUGGAAUCCGACGAUAUAUCAGACACAGAGGAAGAAAUGCAAAAUGUAAAUUUAUGCCAAUGUUUAUCUGCGUAUGAUAUAUUACCUGAUCAUAAUGAAUCUUUACCACAAUCUGUUGAAAGUGAACGAUGGGUAAAUACAUCGUCCUCUCCUGUGAUAAACACAAAAAAAAUUAAAAAGGAAACUGUAGUUUCUGAGGAAUCCAUGCAAUUGAAACGUCAAAUAGAACAAAAUGUAAGUAUAUCAGACAAUCAUUAUUCAGAGCAUUGCUUAAGAAUAAGAAAAAUGCGAUACGGUGACAAUAAUGACGGGAAUAAUAAUAACUAUAAGGAUAUUGUCGAUAAUAAUACGGAUAAUACACAUGAGCCUAUUGACGCCAGUAUUCCGAGUACAUCAGGCAUAUCUCAGUGUCCCAAUAAUGAAGACAAGAGUGUUAUUGUUUCUGAUGAAGAUAAUACUAGUACAAAUGAAGUACUUGAAGAUGGUAUUGAUGAAGACACAGUUAAUAUUAAUGUAGGCACUGUGUUUAUUCAACAAUUAGAUCAACUAUUUGGUCGUGAUGGCAUAGAAUAUCCGUCUUCAAUAAAGCCUAACCUCAAUAUCCCUCAGUCACUUUUAAAUGAAAUCAAUGCUCUAUGGAUGGAAUCGCUGAUGCAUCAACUUGAACAAAAUUCGAAACAAACUGAUUUAAUGAUCAAACAGGAUGAAGAAUUUGCAAGGCAGUUAGUAUUGAAGGAAAAUGAAUUAUUAAAACAGGGGAAAGAACCGGAAAUACCUGACUUUAAAGAAGUUAUGGAUAUGGAUUAUGCAAUAUUUUUGUAUCAUAAAGAUGUCGAAGAGUUUCGUAACAAAGAACCUAAAGAUUUAGCAGCUAAACUGACGAGGGAAAAGUUGUUUAACUUAUUCCCUGACAUUGCUCCUGACAUAUUGUCCGAGAUGCUUAUGGCUCACGACAAUAAUUUUAAAUUAACUGUCGAGGUUCUUUUAAUGUCAACGGGAAGAACUGAAAUUCUCAGUGAAAAAAAUGGUGUUAGUAAAUUUGUAAUGCAGAAAGAAAUAGAGAGACAAGAAAAGGUUCUAGAAAAAGAAAGACAGGCUUUGUCAGAAGUUGAAUGGCCAUUGUUACCGUCAUUCGAAAGUGUUGAUAUGGAAACAGUGCAGAGAUAUCGGGACGAGGCUGAUAAACAUUUGCAGUCGCGAAACACGAACUAUCAAAAAGCACAAGAAUACAUACGACGAGGGAUGACACAAGUCGCUUCUUAUUAUUCAGACUUUGCCAAUUUUCACACUAAGAAAUAUGAACAGUCUAACAGUAUGGCAGCUGCUUCACUUAUGCAACUACAUGCGACCAAUUGCCCAGAUAAUGCUACCAUAGACUUGCAUUACCUCAGAGUGCCAGAGGCUAAGGAAACCCUCGACUUAUUCCUCGACACACAUAUUCAUAAAUUAAGAGAAAAUAAAAAUGGAAUAAAAUACCAUACUUUAUACUUUAUAACCGGACGAGGUUUGCAUAGUAAUGGGAAACCUCGAAUAAGGCCUGCUGUUAAGAGGAGGCUUCGUGAACGGGGAUUGGAAUUUUCCCAGCGCAACCCCGGCUUGAUAAUUGCAAAAGUUUACGCGAACCACAAACUCUCCUACCAAAUAGCUUAGGAUCAGAUGAAAUCGUCUAGAGAUAGACGAUUUCAAAACUAUUGACAAUACGACAGGACCUCGUGUGUCCAUUUUUACACAAAUUAUCCAGUUUACGUACACUAUCCGUUGUACCGUUGGAUAAUGUUCCCGGUCCUUUAUAAGACCGUGUAUAUUUAUACGUACACGAGUCCGAGGGCGACAUUUUACUCUUACAGACAUGUUUUUUAUGGAUAGAUGUCAUGGUAUCUAAAUUAUUAUGUAAUAUAAAGUAGAUUUGAGAUUAAAUGUGAGGUAUUGUAAGAUAAGUUGUAA